AUGUCGAAAUUUUUCAAGGGAGCAGUAUCAAGUUCUGAUUCGUCUGGUUCCGAAAGUAGCGAUGACGAGCGAUAUAUACCGAUCAAAAGACCAGCGGCUACUUUUGCAUAUCCAUCGGAUAGCGAAGAUGAGGGACAGAAGCGCGUUGUGAAGGCACAGAAAGAUCGUAAAUUUGAAGAGCUGAAAGAUUUGAUUAAGUUGGCGAAGAAUUCAAAAAACAUCAAGGAUAUGUCAAAACUUCUAUCAAGUAUGCUUUUCCUAUUUUUCCUACGUUGA